AUGGAGACUCUUGAUCUCGUCUUUAACCACCUAGUCUUGCCGCCCGAGCUGCCUAACCACCGGGAUCUUGAUGCCGAAGCCGUAGGAUCAGCCAUUCUAGCUCGUCUACAGGAAGCCUGCCGAGUCUUGAGCAACGGCUCUGGCGAUGGCUGGUGCGCUAUCCAACGCUGUCUUGGCAACUGCAAGGGCAUUGCGGAAGCGCAUUUCGAUGCCCAGCACUUGUUGCAGGAUUGGGUCGAUUUUCGGCCCAGCGAUAUUUAUUUGCUACGCAUAUUGGAGCAGAAUGCCGCCCUUUUGAUGCGCCGCCACAUUCAAUCCGGGAAGCACUUCGUCAUCUUCGAAGUUUUCGAAACAUCAGCUACAGCGAAGAAAGUGCUUGAGUCCGACAACGCCCUCGAGUGGGAUUUCCCCGGCCGCGCCGCUCAAAUACCCCUAGACGUGUUCCAGCAGCCUUCUUUCCAGGACAAUCUCUCCCGGUUUCUGGAACAAGCUGCUCAAGAACCGCUACAUCGCUUCGCCGCGCGCGCCAAAAAGGCCGGAGCAGCUCCUGUCGAGACCAGAGACACCACCGGCCCAGGUCUCUUGACUCAGUUCCUCAUGCCCCUGCUUGAAGCCACUGGACAUUCAGUCGACACUCUCAAAAUACGAAAGCGCGUUAGAGACGAUGUGAACAUCCACAACGGCGAAUCUCCCUGGAGGAGGGACCCAUCUUGGCCGACCUUGCGUGUUGCUGUCCAACGACAACUUUGCCUCAGCUUAGGCAGCGAGGAAGGUCGAGCGUCUUACAAGUUUCUGAUUUGUGCCGUGCUCGCUCAGCUGCUGAAGGACUGCGCCGGGAGGCUUUCCCCGGAUAUGACGCUUGUUCUGAGAGCCAAGCUGUGUCGCCGCUUAGCCAAGCUUGAGCAGGAAAAGUCUAAAGCUUCCAAGGCCGCUCGUGGUGUAUUCCAAGCACUGUUUGAUACCGUCGGGGCGCAAUACUACGAUGCGCCGGAUCCCUCUGCUUCCAUAUCGCGCUAA